CGGAGACGGACGGUGCCAGCUGCUAGCUACGUUAGCUACAGUAGACAGUUAGCAACUAGCUUAAGAGUCGUAGCACCUUUACUACCAUAUGAGGGACUGAGCAAGAGAGAGUGCGUGUGUGACAGCGUGUGGUGUCGACGCUUUGAGCGCCCGCUCGGCCGUCCCGAAGUCACUCCGUGUGUCUGUGUAUACCUGUGUGUGUAUGUGUGUGUGCGCGCAAGUGUGUGCAUAUAUAAACCCCCUAUCUCCCUCUUCCUCUUCCGAGCAGCAGCAGUGUGUCUGUUAUUGUGUGUGUGUGUGAGGUUAGCAAGCAAAGAAGCAAAGGCACACAUAAACACACUCUGAUAGUCGACAGUUUACACUCGGUGUCCGGUUACUUGACAGCGGAUUCACCUCAUUUACUGAUACCGACACAGCACCAGCAUGAUGUUGAGAUACGCUGCUGUCCAAGGCAGCCUCAGCCUGCUGUCUGUGAGGCGGGUGUGUCUUCUCUCCCGCUUUGCUCACUCUGCCCCAAAGAGCGAGUAUCGACCGAUAAAGAAAGUCAUGGUGGCAAAUAGAGGUGAAAUAGCUAUCCGUGUGUUCAGAGCCUGCACUGAACUGGGGAUUCGAACCGUGGCCAUCUACUCUGAACAAGACACUGGGCAGAUGCACAGGCAGAAGGCAGAUGAGGCUUACCUGAUUGGCAAAGGCCUCCCACCUGUUGCUGCAUACCUGCACAUUCCUGACAUCAUCAAAGUAGCCAAGGACAACAACGUGGAUGCUAUCCAUCCAGGCUACGGUUUCCUCUCUGAACGGUCAGACUUUGCUCAGGCCUGCACAGACGCAGGAGUGAUGUUUGUCGGGCCAACCCCAGAGACAGUCCGCAAGAUGGGAGACAAGGUGGAGGCUCGCUCACUAGCCAUCAGCGCAGGUGUACCUGUGGUCCCAGGAACAGAUUCUCCCAUCUCCUGCCUGCAAGAGGCGCAGGCAUUUGCCCAAACAUACGGCUUCCCCAUAAUCUUCAAAGCAGCCUAUGGAGGAGGUGGUCGAGGCAUGAGGGUGGUCAGAGAGUACGAGGAACUCGAGGAGAAUUACCAGCGGGCGUACUCUGAAGCUCUGACGGCUUUUGGAAAUGGAGCCCUGUUUGUUGAGAAGUUUAUUGAAAAGCCAAGACACAUUGAAGUACAGAUCCUUGGUGAUAAAUAUGGUAAUGUCAUCCACCUCUAUGAGAGAGACUGCUCCAUUCAGCGAAGACACCAAAAGGUUGUGGAGAUUGCGCCGGCUUUCCAACUGGACCCUCAUCUGAGAGACCGACUUCAUGCAGAUGCCGUCAACCUCGCCAGACAGGUGGGAUACGAGAACGCAGGGACUGUGGAGUUCCUGGUGGACAAACAUGGCAAACACUACUUUAUUGAAGUCAACUCCCGACUCCAGGUUGAACACACGGUCACCGAAGAAAUCACUGAUGUGGACCUGGUGCAUGCCCAGCUGCAUGUUUGUGAGGGCCGUAGCCUGCCAGACCUGGGCCUCAAACAAGACAAGAUCAGGGUGAAUGGCUGUGCUAUCCAGUGCAGAGUGACAACCGAAGACCCAGCCAGAGGCUUUCAGCCAGACACAGGCAGGAUUGAGGUCUUCCGCAGCGGUGAGGGCAUGGGCAUCCGUCUGGACAGCGCAUCUGCCUUCCAGGGUGCUGUCAUUUCACCCCACUAUGACUCCCUGUUGGUAAAAGUCAUCGCCAGCGGGAAGGACCUUCCGACAGCAGCCUCCAAGAUGAGCCGUGCCCUGGCCGAGUUCAGAGUGCGAGGGGUCAAGACCAACAUCCCGUUCCUCCAGAAUGUAUUCUCCAACCACCAGUUCCUCCACUCUACUGUGGACACCCAGUUCAUCGACGAGAACCAGGAACUCUUCAACCUUAAACCCACUCAGAACCGAGCCCAGAAGCUGCUGCACUACCUGGGUCAUGUGAUGGUAAAUGGACCAACAACACCCAUCCCAGUCAAGGCUAAACCCUCCUCCACAGACCCUGUCAUCCCUCAUGUCACCAUGGGCGACCCUCCGAUAGGUUUCCGUGACGUGUUGCUGCGCGAUGGUCCUGAGGGAUUCGCCAAGGCUGUCCGUACCCACCAAGGACUGUUGCUAAUGGAUACCACAUUCAGGGAUGCUCACCAGUCGCUCCUGGCGACCAGGGUUCGGACCCACGACCUGAAGAAGAUCUCGCCAUUCGUCAGCCACAACUUCAACAAUCUUUUCAGCUUGGAGAACUGGGGAGGUGCUACCUUUGACGUGGCCAUGCGCUUCCUGUCUGAGUGCCCAUGGAAGAGGCUCCAGGAGCUGAGAGCUUUGAUCCCAAACGUCCCUUUCCAGAUGCUACUGAGAGGGGCCAACGCUGUGGGCUACACCAACUACCCUGACAACGCUGUUUUUAAGUUCUGCGAGGUGGCCAAGGAGAACGGCAUGGACAUCUUCCGUGUGUUCGAUUCCCUGAACUACCUGCCAAACAUGCUGCUGGGGAUGGAGGCUGCUGGAGCCGCAGGUGGCGUAGUGGAGGCUGCCAUCUCGUACACUGGCGACGUGUCUGACCCAAUGAGGCAGAAGUACUCCCUAGAGUACUACGUGAAACUGGCAGACGAGCUUGUCAAAGCUGGGACACACAUCCUGUGUAUCAAGGAUAUGGCCGGCUUGCUGAAGCCAGAAGCCAGCAAGCUUCUGAUUGGUGCUCUGAGAGAUCGUUUCCCAGAUGUACCCAUCCAUGUGCAUACUCACGACACAGCUGGAGCUGGUGUGGCCGCCAUGCUGGCCUGUGCUGAAGCUGGAGCUGACGUAGUUGAUGUGGCUGUCGACUCUAUGGCUGGCAUGACUUCUCAGCCCAGCAUGGGAGCCAUCGUGGCCUGCGCCAAGGGGACCAAGCUCGACACCGGCAUUGCUCUGGAGAAGGUGUUUGACUACAGUGAAUAUUGGGAAGUAGCCAGAGGCCUGUAUGCUCCAUUUGACUGCACCGCCACAAUGAAAUCUGGCAACGCUGAUGUCUAUGAGAACGAAAUACCAGGAGGACAGUACACCAACCUUCACUUCCAGGCUCAUAGUAUGGGACUGGGAAAUAAAUUCAAGGAGGUGAAGAAGGCCUACACUGAAGCCAACAAACUACUAGGGGACCUCAUUAAGGUGACUCCAUCCUCAAAGAUCGUGGGUGACUUGGCCCAGUUCAUGGUGCAGAACAACCUGACCAGGGCAGAAGUGGAGGAGAGGGCCGACGAGUUAUCCUUCCCCCUGUCUGUGGUUGAGUUCCUGCAGGGGUUCAUUGGGAUACCACAUGGAGGAUUCCCUGAGCCAUUCAGAUCUAAGGUGCUGAAGUCUCUCCCCCGUAUUGAGGGUCGUCCCGGUGCCUCUCUGCCACCUAUGGACUUCAAGGCCCUGGAGGAGGGGCUCCGAACCGCACAUAGUGAUGAGAUCACCCCUGAGGAUGUGAUGUCAGCAGCCAUGUACCCGAAGGUGUUCCAGGAAUUUAAGGAAUUUACCUCUAACUUUGGCCCAGUGGACUGUCUCAGCACCAGGCUGUUCCUGGAUGGACCCAAGAUCGCAGAGGAGUUUGAGGUGGAGCUGGAGAGAGGGAAGAUCCUCCACAUCAAGGCGCUGGCACUGGGCGACCUGAACAAGGCCGGUCAGAGAGAGGUCUUCUUUGAGCUGAACGGACAGCUGAGAUCUGUGCUGGUUAAAGACACCUUGGCCAUGAAGGAAAUGAAGUUCCAUCCCAAGGCUCAGAAGUCCAUCAAGGGUCAAGUGGGAGCACCCAUGCCUGGAAAAGUCCUGGAGGUCAAAGUGGAAGUCGGGUCCAAGGUGGAGAAGGGUCAGCCGCUGUGUGUCCUCUCUGCCAUGAAGAUGGAAACCGUGGUCAACUCCCCGUUGGCCGGGACCAUUAAGGCUGUCCAUGUCACGGCCGACGCCUCCCUGGAGGGAGAUGACCUGAUACUGGAAAUCGAGGAGUAGAGUGAGAGGGCAGAAGGAGGGAGGGGGAAGUUAGACAAUCUGAUUUAGGAAAUUGUGAAAGGUGAAGGAACAUGAUUUUUUUUUUUUUUUUUUUAAAGAGGAGGAUAAGGAAUAACAGGAAUCCUUUAAAGACAUAGAUCUCUUCUGUGGUAGUACUGUAGGAUAUUUUGGCCCCGAUUUGUACAUAGUCUGUUCAGUUACACUGGGGACACAAAAUGAAGCACAACAUAUAUACAGACCUGAUGGGUGCAAAGAGCAGAUGAUAUGACAAUCCUAAUGGGAAUUCCUUACUGAAUUGUACCACUACUCAGUCUGCAUGUAAUUCCCUAGAUGCGGUGAUUAGAUCAAACAACAGUAUAUCUUCUAAUGUCCUGUCAACUUGUGGAAAAAAAACAUUUUUAGAAUAACAUCCAGUAUAUUUGAAUUGUUAUGCAUUCCACUUAAAUGCUAGUCUUAAAUGUGAUAUUCUAUAAUGAGCUAACCAUGUGUAACACUAACAGGGCCAUAACAUCUACUUUCCACAAUUUCCAUUUCUAAGCUGUUGAUGUUGCCUAAUAUAUUAAAGCUGAGUGGGUGAAACUAUUUUGUCUUUGUAAUCAGCGGGGUUCAGAGGGAGGACAGACUUGAGGAUGUAUAACCAAAUCAUUUUUUCAUAUGGGAACAUUAUUUUCGUUUUCUAGCAUGUUUGCCUUUGCAACACAUUAUCAGUCUCUUACAUGAGUCACUGUGCAUUCUGGGAAUGUGUGAUCACUGGUUGCAAUUAGACUCACUCUUAUUUUUGUAUGUAAAAAAUUUAAACAAACUGAUCUUUGUAAAAGAAAAAGUACAGGGGGCAUAUUUAAAAAAAAAAAAAAACAUUGUUUUGACUAACCUGUUUUUUCACAAUAAGAGCACCACUUUAGGUUGACAUGGACACAGAUAAACAUGCCAGAAAUGUUGCACCAAAGUGAAAAAUUUAUUCUGUUACUGUAUCAGUAAUAGUAGACGGUUUUAUUUUUUAAAGAUCUGUGCUGCUGUUGAACAUGUUUCCCCACUCAUACCUGUCUUAAAAUCCCCAAGCAGAGGCAAGUUGUCGCAACAUUGUUAAUAUGAAGCUGUAGGCCGCAUUGGACUCACCCAAACAGGAUUAGAGAUGUGAUUUUGACAAAGUACCUUGGUGUAAAUGUGACUUUUACGAUCCUAAGACAGCAGUAGGGUGCCCCAACCUAACCAGCUGAGCUCUAUCUGCUGUAUCAAUUGAGACGUAUUAAGUCACAGAGUCUUAAGGUGGCUUUUAAGCCCUUUUUAAGUGUCUGGUUUAAUAGUGCGAUGUUGGAAAAGUUGUCCGGGCAGCAGUUUCACCCUGUCUUUUCAGAACCAGGCAGAGAUUACGGUGAAUGGUCUUCUGUCUGCAUGGGGAUUUUAAUGCUAGGUGUAAAUGGGAUUACAUGGUGGUGUAAUGGAGGCGUGUGGUGUUAUUUUCUGAGGCUCUGCUGAUUAAUUUAUGAAUUAAUUCUGUCAAAUGAUGUGAAAUUAGCCGGACUAAUAAGAGACUCUGGAGACUCCCAGUAGCAGCACUCAGCUUUAUAUUUCUAAUGCGUGUGAGUGUGUUUGCAUAAAUGAGUCUAAAUGUCUGUGUGUAUUGGUUCAAACCAAUUUUAAGACAAAGUCAACCAGUCCCCAUAAUGUUGCACCUCCAGAGCUGAAACAUUGUGAAAGAAAUGAAAUAUUCAUACACACGCACGAUGCAAAGUAUUCAUGCUAACACUCCUCGCCCUUGAGUGCUGCCUGGAUCAAAAGAAAACAAAACCAAAUACACUGCACGUUGGUGUGGCUACGUCUCCAUAGUAACACUAUCCAAAACAUUUAAUAGCAAUGCAGCAGCGGCUCUACUCAGCUGUCAGACAAUGGUGUUAAAUACUGAAAUUAGACUUUGUUCUAACUACACUAAUGUCAGCUGCAGGCCUCUUAACUGUCCGAGGGUCUUACAUCUGAAAGUGAUCUAUGCCGAACUGAAUGUGCACCUACCCUGACCAGUGAAAGUAGACAGUGAUCACAUAUCAAGUACAGUAUAAAAGGAAUUGUCACUAUCUCUUUGUAAUACAGUGGAGCGGGGUGUGUUUGGGACACCGAGCCAGAAAAGACAACAGCUUACUCUCCAAAGCCUCUGUGCACCUUGGACAGAGCACAUCGAUCGAGACACAAAAUUGAACUUGAAUCACUUUGUAUUCGACUGGAUUGUUUCCAGAAUUUUUGCACCAUUACCUCUGAGAAUGAGUCCCCUUUUGAACUAUGCCUCAAUACUGAGCAGCGCUGCCAUACUUAAUUAGAAGACUGAUACGUCUCCUCACUCUCCCAACCCACCGCAAUGCUUCACUGUACCUCCUGGCUGUAUCAAUCUGUAAGAGACAAAGAUAAAGUGGUGGGAAUGUAUGGAUGAGUGUUUUUGACAAGCUGUUGCACAAGAAUAUAAUGGUCCCUCCUCCUCUCCUUUUUAGCUCUUUUCACUCUGCUUUUCCUCUCCUUUCCCACUACAGUGUAAAUUUGCACAUGUAAGGUGUUGGCCUCAACUCAUGCAAUUAUGUCUUAGCCAGCAAUUGCAACAACUGUGCUUACGGCAAUAUACUACUGUUCAAUGUCUGGGGAAAAAGAAUAAAUCAGAAAAAGUACACACAGCUGGAAAAUGUUAUUUGUUUCAGACAGGGGGAUAUAAAGUUGACCUAUUCUUGAGCUCAUGCGAUCUGGAGGUGAACUGUCGCAGAGCAUGAAAAUAGGGUCUGUGACAUUUCUAUUUUCUUUCUAUUGCUUUCAUUUGUGUUUUUAUGAAACCAACCAAACUGUUUAUUUACUCUUUCAGUUUAGCAGGCGUGACCGCCUGCAGAUUCAAAAUGUCUGUGGAAUUUUUUGUCAUUUCUACAUAAUCCUAGUUUGAAAUCGACAUUUACUUGUUGAGGGUCUUAGUAUGUUCCUCAGAGCGACUAUGAGCUGGAGCCCACAAAAAGGGAAACAAAUGGUAUCAAAUAAAAGCGAUAAUUGUUCUUGUUCUAUCUGUACUUACAAAUAAAGUUAACUGUAACUGAA